AUUUAUAAUAAAAUGUGUAAUGACGGAGGGUUCUGAAAUUUUAAAUUUUGAAUUACGCAGUAUUUCUAUCUUUAAAAAUCUAAUCAAUUUUGAAAUGUAAACAGUAACAGUAUGAUAGUUAGUUUUCAGCCCUUCACCUGUCUACAGAUAUGCAAAGAGGAACAGAAAAGAAUUACUGGAUGGUCCGUUGGCUCCUGACAAUCCUAAUAACAGCUGCAACACUACCAAGCAUAUUAACUUGUGGAGCAGGCCAAAAACAAAGAACAAAUGCUAAUGGAGCUACACUUUGUUGUUUUACAGCAAAAUGUAAUACUAGUCAGAGGUUUAGAUUUUGUCAGAAGGAUCAGGGAUACGACAUAUGCCAGGACUGCCCUCCAGACCAGUACACUAAUGAUCCAAUAAAUACAAGUCAGUGGAAUGAAGAAACUGAUGUCUGUGUAUUAAAGCCUGAUUGUAGUGCACCUGAGAAGAUUUUAGUUGGAAAUAAAUGUGAGUGUGAUCGUAGUAAAGGAUACUUUGGUACAGACCCUGACAACUGUGGUAUCAAAGUUGAUGAUUGUAAGAAGGCGGGGUAUCAGUUAAAUAAUUAUGGAAGCUGUAUUGAGUGUGGUUCUAAUCAGUUCAAGCCAGGAAUAGACCAAUUUGGAAUAUGUCAAGAUAAAAGAAAAUGUAAAGAUGGUGAAAUAGAAGAAAACCCUGGAAAUACAACCAGUGACAGAAUUUGUAAGAAACAAGAAGAAACAACAACUGUUGUCCCACAAGUUAUUACAACUACAGGUAUUACAUCAAAUAUUGAUAAAGUCUGUCUCAAAUGA